AUGUCUGGACAGCAGGGACGCAAGAUCGCCAUCGUCGGCGCCAGCGGCACCAUCGGCGGCGUCACCCUCAACGCUCUGCGCGAGAAAAACAUCCACACCAUCACCGCUGUCACCCGCGCCGCAUCGUCCGCCACCUUCCCCGCCGACGUGAUUGUCAAGGUGGGCGACUACGCCGACGAGGAAUUUCUCGUCUCAGCUUUCCGCGGCCAGGACGUCGUCGUCCUCCAGCUCGGCAUGGACGGCUAUAUGACCGUCCAGCCGUCGCUCAUCCGCGCGGCGGCCAAGGCCGGCGUCAAGUGGGUCCUCCCGACCGAGUUCGGCUCCGACCCGGUGCCGUCCAAGCUGCGGGACGCCAGCCCCCUCCUCGCGAUCAAGGAGCAGUUCCGCAACCUGGCCGAAGAGCUCGGCAUGAGCUGGGUCGCCGUCGUCAACAACCCCUGGUUCGACUGGUCGCUCGAGCGGGGCCUCUGGGGCAUCGACAUCAAGGGCCGCUCGGCGCGGCUGUUCGGCGACGCCGUAAAGUUCCCCACGACGACGCUCAGCAACACGGCGAAGGGCACCGCGGGCCUGCUAAGCCUGCCCGAGGCCGAGCUCGAGGCGUUCCGCAACCGGCCGCUGUACCUCAAGUCGUUCUACAUCACGCAGCGGGAGAUGUUCGACAGCGUCCUGCGCGCCACGGGCACUGAGGAGAAGGACUGGGAGGUCGAGGUGCUGGACAUCGCGCCGACGGUCGCCGAAGCGGAGGAGAAGUUCAAGCAAGGCGACCAAGGCGCCAUCUUUGUCGCGUUCUACGCGAACCACAUGCGCGAGGGCUGGGGUGGCGACUAUAAUGCCAAGGUCGGCGACCUGAGCAAGCUCGGCAUUGCGGAGGAAAACCUGGACGAGGUUGUCGAGAAGGUUGUUCAAAAGGUUGAGGGCCAGUAA